AUGCCACACCCUUCUCUCUCGCUCGGCAAGCUCAAGACUGGUAAAAACCAGCAACGGCAUCGCAAGGCUCGCGGCACAAGCACUGAAGUUUCGCCCAUCAAACUUGGCCACUUUUUCAAAUCCGUUAGGCACCACCGUUUGAAGGGAAAGAUCAUGGUUGAGCAGCAGACGACUUCAGCUCCAUCACCCUAUCCUGAAUUUGAUAUGAACCUGUCACCUCCUUCCAGGCAGCCACCUUACGAAUGGAACACCGAUCAUUCGAGUCUUCUGCCAGGAAUCAAAAACACGCGCAUUUUCUCAGAGUCUGCUAGCCGGUCUACCACCGCUGAACAGAGCAUAGUCCCAUCUGAGGAGUCGUCACGUUCAUUGUUUGUUAUGCGUCCUUCGAAGACCGCUUCAGCUCUUCUUCCGAAGGCCCCUGUAGACCCCUUUGCAGACAACUCUGGUGCAUCUUCUGCUUUGAUGUCAUCUCCGUCUAUGUUUGAUCUACGUUCUCAUUCGGCGGGCGAUUACAUCGUGCGACAGCUUGGCGCAACCCUGGAAAAGCUCUCGCUGAGCGAGAGUCAGUAUGCUAAGCUUGAGGGGGACGUCCUUCCGAUCAAAUCCCUGAAUACGCGUUACAAUGUGCCAAAAUCGGUUCUAACCGUGACAUCCAGCUUCCAGGAUUCCCCAACGUCUUCUGAUAUGAUUGUCUCUCCUGCUCCCCUUUGUACCCCCAAGUUCAAAGACUCACUUGCGUCUGGAUAUCUUGCAAACUUAAAACAACAGCUGCAGGAGAAGCGAUGGCUGUGCAGGUUUGCUCGCUCCACAUCAGCCAAAACACACCUCGCCGUCGCACCCACCAUAUUCAUCACGUCUGUUGAUGCGAAGCAUCCCAAACCACUACGUUCCCCAGUUGGCCUUUUUGGACAAGUAAGCCACAUUAAAGAUUUGCUCAAUGAUCCUGCGCUUCAGCCACUGCCGCUAGCCAAUUCCCCGUAUCCUGAUGACCCAUUCAACGCGGAUCCAUUCUCCUCCAAUCAUCCCCUGCCUUCAACGCCGACUUCUGAGGAGACAGGAGAAGUCACUGAGCCUGCCUGGUAUCUGCCCGCAACGCCCUCUCGUGCACAUCUUGAACUCUUGCCAUCUGGUGGGGAGGAAUUCGCAACAGCCUUGAGCGCCACCAUCACCAAUCCAUUUGAUCUUCCGCCUUUCUCUAUACCGUUUAUGAAACCAAACCUUCUUGGCGCUUCGUCUUAUGACAAUUGA